GCUCUGCACACAGUAAGCGCUCAAUAAAUACGAUUGAAUGAAUGAAUGAAUGUCUUUCCCCCUUCAAGACAUGAAGGGAAAGACCUGAGCUAGGGUCACGUGGCGGGAGGAAUCAGGAACAGAACCCACCAGACCUGAUUGCCUGGACCGGGCAUCUUAUCUGGACUCGUAUUCCUGCUCCUGGCCUGUGGCAGCUCCCUACCCUACCACGUGGCAGGCCAAGAGUCGGUGCUGUGCUUCUCACAGUUCGAUGAGGUGAUGGGUCAGUGCAAGGAUCUCCUGGGGGCUGGAGUGAGCCAGGAAGACUGCUGCCUGAAUCCCAACUACGGCUUCCAGCCCCAGGGCGUGCAGAAGGGGUCCUGCCAGUCCUGCAGGCCGGACUCCCUCUCCCCCAUCAGGCCGGCGAGCUGGGGCCCCUGGUCGGCCUGGUCGCCGUGCUCCAGGUCCUGUGGGGAGGGCUCCCAGCUGCGGCGCCAGCGCUGCCUUGGGCAGGGACAGUGCAGCGGAGGGGAAGGAGGCAAGCCCGUCCGCUGGGAGCUGCAGGCCUGCGAAGACCGAGGAUGCUGCCCAGAGGCCGGCGGCUGGUCGGAGUGGAGCCCCUGGGGAGCCUGCUCCGUUACCUGUGCCAAGGGCCAUCGGACCCGGCAGCGACGCUGCGACAAUCCCGCACCCCAGUGUGGCGGGAGCUGCCCCGGGGCAGCCAGCGAGAGCCAGACCUGUGACCCGCAGCAGAUCUGCCCCACUCAUGGAGGCUGGGGGGCCUGGGGACCAUGGGCUAUCUGCUCAGCCUCCUGCCAGGGCAGCCCCUCGGCCCCCACCCAGCGCCGGUCUCGCUCCUGCUCGGCCCCCCGCCCCUCCGAACACCCCCCGGGGAAACCCUGCCCCGGCAAUGCCUACGAACAGAGGAGCUGCAGCUCCGGACUCCCUCCUUGCCCAGUGGCUGGGGGCUGGGGGUCGUGGGCCCCCACAGGACCUUGUUCAGUGACUUGCGGCCUGGGCCAGAAUCGGGAGUAUCGGCCCUGCGAUCGGCCAGCUCCGCAGCACGGCGGGGCCGCCUGCCAGGGAGAGGGGACCCGCUCUGCCGUCUGCCACACCAAGAAGCCUUGUCCUGUGAACGGCUGGUGGACGGAAUGGAGCUCUUGGAACGACUGUGCCCGGCCCCAGCUCCAAAAGAUCAACUGCCAGGAGGUGGCGGGACAACAGCAGCGGACUCGCACCUGCAAGGGCCGGCUGCACGAAGGCCAUCGGUGCCCGGGCCUCCACUCCGACUUUCGGCACUGCUACAAUAUCAACUAUUGUAAAAUGAACGGGCAGUGGGCAGACUGGACGUCGUGGAGCCUGUGCUCCCCGCCCUGUGGCCCCAACCCUACCCGCAGCCGCCAACGCCUCUGCACGGCCAUCCUGCCUCCCUACCCGCCCACGUAUUCCCAGGUCGAGGGUUUGGCCAAGAAGAACGUGACCUUCUGGGGGCGGGCAAAUCCCACCUGCUCUGAGCUGAAUGGCCAGAAGCUGAAGGUGGAGGAAAAGAGACCGUGCCUCCACCCUCCACCCUGCCAAGACUAGGAGGGCCUGAGGAGAAAGACCCUUAGACUCUGCUCUUCCGCCUUCCUCCCUCCUUCCCACCCAAGUGUUCUCACCCUGCAGGGGAAGCAAUCAGCUGCAACCUGGUCCCUCCUUAGCACCCCCCUCUCUUCCCUCUCUCACGAUCCCCAAAUAAAUGGAAUCAAGCAGCAA